AUGUUCGACAAACUCCGUGGAAAAUCCCCUUCAGGCCACUCAAAACAAGACUCCACAACCUCAACUACCAGCUUCUCCCGCCCCACUCCACCUCCCGCCUACACGUCCCCCUCCCAAACAACCUUCGCCUCCCUCUCCCUCCACAUGGAAGACCGCCUCCGCUUCCUCCGCUUCCCCGCCCCCAUCCUAACAACCUGCACCGCCACAAUCCUUGCCCACUGGCCUCCCGGUAUCCAACAAGAGCGACCCUACGCCACCUCACACGAGAUCAAACUAAACGGCUACCCCUGGCGCGGCUACGGCCAAGAAGCAGCACAAGCCCGUCGUCUAAUGAAAGCACUACUAUCGACCCUACAUUCCAACGGCUGGAUCCUAACACUCAACACUGAUAUCACAAAGACAGCAACGGAUAAAGAUACACUCGUCUUCCGGUACCAGAGCCCCGCGCCGCCGGAGCACGAAUGGUGCUGUGUGGCGUUUAGUCGACAGGAUCGGUUGCGGUUUGUUGAUGCGCCGGCGUCGUUGUAUGCGGAGUUGGAGGCGAGGUUGGGCGGCAGCGGUGAGGAGUGGGUCAAGGGGCAAGGGGAGUAUGCGGAGGGGAUUUGGGAGUUUAAACUCGUGGGACAUCCGUGGCAGGCGACUGGGACGACGACAAUGCGUGUUAGGGAGCUGUUGAUUGUGCUGGUGGAGAUGCUGGAGGCGGAGGGGUGGGGGGUGUAUGCGAGUAUUGAUCAGAAGAGUGGUGCGGCGCAGGGGACGAGUGGGACGGAUACGUGGCAUUGUUGUAGGGUGAAGGGGUGGGAGAAGGGGAUGCCUGUGUACAUGAGAUGA